CGGGGCGUGCGCGCACUUCCUGUUUGAAGAGUUGUCGCCCGCGCGCGUCACGCUAGCUUGUAGUUUGCACUUUAGCCGGCCGAUGCUAAACUAGACUGCUCCAAGACUACUCGGCUGUCGCUUUCACAACAGAGGAGUCCAACGCCCGGAGAGUAUUUGGCGUCUUACUCAUGACCACGUGACACGCCCUCCUGACCACGUGACACGCCCUCCUCUCUGACAGCCCCUCUCAUCAUCUUCUCUUGUUUUGUUUCCUAGGUCAUGGCAGAUUUCUCUCUGUCAGACGCUUUGGGAGACAGCACCCCCAGCAAGGCUGCAUCUCAAGGCAACACCAACCCGACGCCUCCUGCCAACAACCCGGGGUGGCCCGCCUCGGCCCCGGGAGCCCCCACCCAGCCCUCGGCCCCGUCCGGCUACCCCGGCGGAUCGGGCCCCGGGGCGCCGGGCCAGUUCCCGUUCCCUUCAGGCCCCGGAGCCCCGGGCCACUACCCGGGACCGCCAUCAGCACCCGGUGGCUUCCCAUCCGGUCCCGGCGUACCUGGACAGUUUCCUCCGGCGCCAGGGGCUCCAGGGCAGUAUCCGUCCGGCCCUGGGGCACCGGGCCAGUUCCCUGGGCACUACCCGCCCGAAGGAGCUCCAGGACAGCUUCCCGGAGGCCCCGUUCCUUAUCCAGCUGGACCUUUCCCCUCCGGCCCCGGAGCUCCUCCUGGCCCAUAUUCAAACAUGCCUCUACCGGGUAACUACCCACCUGGGGGUGACGGCAUGUACGGACCGGGGGGUCCGGGCGGUUACCCCCCUCCAGCCGGUCCAGGCAGUUACCCUCCCCCCGCCGGUCCAGGCUCUUUCCCGGCGUUCCCUGGUGGAGGCUUCCCCCCGAUUCCCCCUGGAUCCUGGGGAUCUGCAGGUGGAGGUUUCCCACCCGCCCCUGGCCCCUUCGGUCCUGGCCCAGGCCCAAUGGGACCUUAUGACGGGCCCCCUGCUCCAGGAGGCAUGUUGAUGGUGCCAUACGAUCUGCCACUCCACGCUGGGAUUCUGCCCCGUCUUGUCAUCACCAUCGUCGGGGAGCCUCUGCCCGGCGCCAACAGGUUCCAAGUUGACUUCAUCAAAGGUCCAGACGUGGUCUUCCACCUAAAUCCCCGCUUCAGCGAGCAGACGAUUGUUCGAAACUCAAGCCUGGGCGGAUGUUGGGGGCCGGAGGAGCGUGACGGUCACUUCCCCUUUGUUCCAGGUCAACGUUUUGAGCUGAAGAUCCUGGUGGAAGAGGACAGUUUUAAGGUGGCCGUGGACGGCAACCACCUGCUGGAGUACGAACACCGCGUGGGCGGCAUGGAGGACGUCACCCUGAUGCGAGUGGCCGGCGACGUGGUUCUGUACAGCGCCUCGCCCAGCAUGAUCUGAUGUGCUCGCACACAAACUCAGACGCUCCUAUUUGAAAAUCCCUUCCAAAAACAGCGCUUCUGACGGAAUUUGAGACACACACUAAUCAGCGCAGUGCAAUGUUAUUUUUUUGUAUAUUUAUCUCAGCAGAUGGCACAUACAUGCCCAAGAAUCAGACUCAGAAAUACUUCAUUAAUCCCUGAGGGGAAAUGAAAAGAAUUACAUGACACUUCUGCACUAUAAUGUGUCCAGACAUCUCAUCAUAAUGUACAAUAUAUUCUCAUGCACAUUUAACCAAAUGUUUACUAUCCUACAUGUCUUUGCGACUACAAGACAACACAAAGCAUUUCUACCACACAUAGUCAAUGCUGUAUUAUUACAUUUACUGCACUUUGCAGUUGUUCCGCAUUUCAAAGUUAGCGUGCUCUUCAAAUUUGUCCAAAUCAUUGCUGGUGGCUGAGAAAAGUGUUAAAUUGCCUGAGAUAACAGUAUUUCUCGGCCAAAAUCCAACGAGUGACGAUGCAUUUGAGUGAAUCGAGUCUACUCUGACUGCUUUUCAAGAUGUGUUAGAUGAUUGACUGAAAUAAAAAUGUGUCUUCA